GCGAGCUCAAUGCUCUGUGUCAGUGCUGGUUCGACGAUUGGCGCAUAUUGUUCUGCUUUAGUGUUCCGAUUCAGUCCUGCGGUGUCAAGAGAAUCAGAUCUCAGUACCGUGUACAGCUCUAGAGUGCUCGUGUAGAUAUUGGCCGUGUGUGCGAUUGCUGUGGUAUAACGACGAUAUCUAGAGGAAUUCAUUCUACCAAUCUCCAGCAAAAGACAAACUACAGCCUCAAACUGAAGCAAAACUCAAAGGUUUCAACAUGGAAGUAGAGAUGCUGGUGAUCAUCAAUCAACCCGGUGCCUGCUAAACUACGUGUUCCGUUCGAUUUUGGUUGGUAGAUUUAUUGUAUGCUCAUCAGACGAGAGCGUUCAGUAACGCUAGACCACAGGUCCAGAGCAAAAGCCCGAAGAAGUGAGCCCGCGACAUGCUAUCACCUGCCAAUCUGGAUGAAAUCAAGGAACGCAUUAGCAAAAAUGAAGAAAGUGAUGCGCAAAUUGUCCAAUUACGCUCUCCCUGGCUGGCUCCCCUGUUUGUUUGUACAGUGCCCCUGCACCUCCAGCACAUAUCUCCGCGAAACCUGAGACGUUGCAAGCAACAUUGUCGCAGUAAGCUCGUCGUCCAAAAAUCAAUGUUCUGCAGGCAAUUAACAAUGUGCUGAAAGAGCGUCACGAAAUCGAGUCCAACUACAAGAAUCUAGCGCUCAAGUUCAAGGAGAUGCAGGAGGAGGAAGCGCUCCGUCGAGCGAAGGUAUGUAGUUUUGAUGAGGCGCGCAAGAAACAGCUGGCAGAGCUGCAGGCGAAGGGUGAAGCGCUCUGCCGGGAAAAAGCAAAGCUGCAGCAUCAGAUCGAGCAUGUCACCUGGCACCUGGAGGGAUGUCGCCGGCGUCGCCCGUGUUUGGCCCGUCUACCCGAAAACUGCCCACUGAAGGGGGAUGCGCCGAGCUGUCUGCCCCAUUCGCCCGAGAAGCUUAAAAUCAUGGCAAACAUGAAAAGCACCGCCGAUCAUCUGGUGCGAGGGAUCAUGGACCUGCGGAAGAAGAUUCACAUCGUGCAGGAUAAGCUCGAGCAUGAAGUAGCGCGCAAAAAGGAGAUGGAAAAGAAAUUGGCGGAGCUGCGGAAGGAGAUCUGCCGCCACAACAAGUGCAUGCAGCAGCAGCAGCAGCAGCAACAGCACCAGCAGCAUCACCAUCAUCAGCAGCAGCAGCAACCGCACGGCCACCACCACCACCAUCACCAUCAUCACACGGUGCCGGUGGCGGGCGGUGGGCACGGUACCACCUCGCUGCCGCCGAUCGCGAAGAACUGCAUCGCCACCAAAUAGCAGCGGGUCAAUUCCGAAAGCGUUAAGCCCGAUCGCCACCAGUGUCCGCACGGGAAGUACAUCAAGCUGCCGAGGGCCACGUCCAACACGACCUCGUGAGGAGGCCGCGUGAGCCUUGUUCUCGUCCCGUGUUGAACAUGUGCAUGCGCUUGGUAGGAUGCUUAGCUUUUGCUGGCGAAUGCUGGUGGACUUCACUCUACCAGACAUUGACCAGGUGGCCCAGAGUUUACGCUUUUUGGAAUUGAAAAAGAUCAACAUACUAUUAGUUCGUUUAUUUAAUUGAACUGAUCCGGUACAGCCGUGUAGGUCAAAUCCCCCCGACAGGCAAUCUGUGGUUUUUCGGAAGUUUGGGAAUUUGUGGUACGUGGUCCGCGGUCCACUGGCCACCGGUUUACCAGGGUUUUGUUGUUUAUAUUGCAGCUAGCAUAGAUUAGUUAAUUGGAAGAAGUUUGGUGCACGCUUCCUUUUCAUCCUUAUCGUCGUUAGCAGGACGCAAAGUUAAUAUUCCCAUGUUAAUCGCUGUAGUUAACGUUAGCAACAACACAAAAGUAUAUUAUAUGUAGCCUUCGUAUGACUAAGCGUUAUUGUUUCGUGCUCCAAGUAAUAUAAUAGCGAUGUGGCACCGAUAUAAUUAAACCGUACAAUGCAUUAAAUGCAAAAUCACUGCGCAAACAGACGUCGGAUUGUGAGGUUAAGAACGCUUAGCUGGUUAUGAUAAAUCUUUUACGGCAGCGGGGAUAACGGAAGCAGAGCGAGGGAGAUAUUACGCGGUAGGGACAUGGAGAGAUAGAGAGAGAUCAUAAUGAAGGGCUUUCUUUUGGUUUCCUCCAAGGCAACGAAGGUUCUGUCGAGAAGAUGAUGAUAAGGAAGGAUCCUAGGGGGAGGGGAAAGAUAUUCUCUUUCGCUUGCUUCUGUUUUCUCCGCUUACUUUGUAUCAUUACCUUGUUUAUCAUGUUAUUGCGUACUUGUUUUCAUUCUGAAUAAAGGAAGAAAGAAUAUUCUA